AUGCCCGCCUACCAGCAACCUCUCCCAGUGCUCAUCGUCGGUAACGGUCCCGUUGGUCUGCUUCUGGCCUACGCAUUGCUAAAGCAGGAUGUUCCCGUCAUCGUGGUCACCCGUCACCUCCGUCGCCUCGGUGUGCCAAAGGCACACGCUCUGUCGCCACGCUCGCUCGAAGUUGUGCGCCAGCUCGGUCUACCCAAAACUGCCAGCCCAUCGCCGCGACUCCAUCAAGUUGGCGCACUGCCCUAUGAGCGUAUGACGCUCGACGUGCUCGAAGCUAGUCCAGAGAUGGUUCACAACGUCGCGCAGCCGGACCUUGAGUGCAUCAUCGAGUGCAUGAUGGAGCGCGAUUUCAACGUCGACUAUCGCAAGGGCUGGACAUGGAUCUCUCAUGAAGAGGUCCAACAGGGACCAAACACGAUUUGUGUCUCCACCGUCGAGGACACGUUCACUGGCGAGGAGAUGAAGAUCGAAUCCAGCUUGGUUAUCGCGUGCGACGGUGCCAACUCGCGUGUCCGCAAGUCGGUCGGCAUCCAGUCCGAAGGCGAGGAGACGGCCGACACGAUGAUGACAAUCCACUUCAACGCCGAUCUCCGUCGUGUCGUUGGCAAAAACACUGGAAUGCUUCACUGGAUUCUCGACCCAGAGGCACGUGGCUUUAUCAUCGCAUACGACAUUGAGGAGAACCACGUCCUGAUCCACAACAUUGACCCGGAACGCGACCCGAUCGCGUCCUUUGAUCCAAACAGAUGCAUGGACAUUGUCAAGGCCGCGAUUGGCAAGGACAUACCCAUCGAUUUCCAGUGCUCAAUGCCAUGGGUCCUGCGUCGCAAGGUGGCCAGCCAGUAUUUCAAGGGACGUGUCGUGCUGGCGGGAGACUCGGCACACUCGUUCCCGCCGACUGGCGGGCUCGGCCUCAACUCGGGUAUCAGCGACGCCCACUGCUUGGCAUAUAAGAUUUCGUCCUGGUAUCACGGAUAUGCCAACCUCAAAACCAUGUUGAACGCGUACGAGAUGGAACGCCGCCCUGUCGCCAUCCGAAAUGCCAUACAGUCGGUCAAGAACGGCCGCAAGAUCUUUGAUCUCCUCAAAGCCAUCCGCAACACCGACCCCGACCCCGUCAUUGCCCGUCGUGAGAUGAUGGCAGCCCUUAGGGACCCUAGACAGUUGGCCAAAAUCCAGCAAAUGAUUGCCGACCAGGCCGAGCACUUUGACAACCUCAACCGUCAUCUCGGGUACGUGUACGACCCAGCAUGGCGCCCGUCUUCCGGUAACAUCUAUGUUCCCCUAUACCGUCGCGGUGCGCGGCUAGUCCACGCUUGGAUCAAGCCCCGCACCGCCUGUGUCAAUGAGCUCCGCCCCGUUGACCUAUCAUAUCUCGAAGGCGACCUCAGCCGCGACAAGAUGGCGGCCUGGCAGUAUUCUAUACUCGACGUGGUCCCUACCACUGGAUACUUGCUCGUGUUCCAGGGUUCCAACUGGGCAUUGCGGGCCAGGCAGCUCCAGGUCUUCUUUGGUGGUUGCCGCAUCCCCCUGUAUACCGCCGAGAUCGGCAAGGACUUUGAGUUUGUCGACAAGGUCCGCGCCAAGGUCUGGCUGCACGGUUAUGGCUUUGACAAUGGCAACGCCCUCCUCAUUCGUCCUGAUCAGCACAUUGAGUCCAUUCUUCCCGAGAGACUGCAAAUGCAGACUGUUCUCGACGGCGUUCUUUACUCGCUCGGUAUUUAG